AUGCCCAUUCCGCCAAAUAUCAUGGACACCAACUGGAUUGAUUUCAACCCGUCAGAAAACUUCUCGCCCUUGGACAACAAUCUCGGGUUCCUCGAGCCUCAUGCCAGUAGUACCAACCAUAGUACCCCUAAUGAAGAUGAUCCUGAACAGAAACUACUUAAAGAUUCCCGGGGACCGACAAUAAUACAUCACCACCACCAUCAUCAUCAUGUGGAUUCUUCGGAAAACAAAGAUGAGCCUGCCACUAAUGACUAUAUGUCCUCUUUGAACGGUAAUAAUAACUUACUAAACAGUAUACUUGAUAUUCAAAAAUGGUCGGAUUUCGGUUACAACCCACAAGACGCUCAAGCGACGACGACGACCAACAAAACCCUAAAUAAUGCCGAUAAUAACAUGAUGAAAGUCCGGUUACAACACACUCCCAAAUCUUUGGAUUUAUCUCAAUCGUACGCUAAUAAUAGGAACCCGGUUGCUCUGGCCUAUUCUACUCCUUAUGAUGCCAAUGCCACUAGUGCUUUCGCAAUAGAUAACCAAAAUAAGUUCUUCACCCCGUUAAUAUCCCCGGCAAUGACCCCUUUAGAGUCGAUGAUGUUGGAUGAUCAUGCUCCGGCACUCCAUAAUACCCGUGAUGAGUUCUUCACCCCACUAACUUCCCCAGCAAUCAAUCCAAUGAAUCAUCCAUCGCCAAAAACCCUUUUGCAAUUGAGUGAGGAACCACUGGCAAACCCCCGUCAAAAAUCCAAAACUGCGUCAUUUGCAGCAUCAAAAAGAAGCACCCGGACCUCAUCCAAAGGAAGAAUUCUCAAAACCAAACCAUCGAGCAAGAACAACUCGCCAAUUAUCAAAGCAACCCAUUCUCCAAUCGUUAGGGCAGGCGCUCAUGUUGGUGCCGUUAAUGCAAGCCGCCGUCCCAACGUUAACACCCAUGUCUUGGAAAAUGACACUCAGAAUAUCGAUCUUGAUUUGCAGCGCCUCGAGAACUUCAGCUUGCCUGAUAAUUCUAUUGGUACAAACAUUGGUAUCGAUAACGCUUUCAAUGGUGAUGACUUCUUGGGUCAGCAGGUUAACGAAGCUCAACAAUUAUACUCUGCUUCGGUGAACGGGUCCCAAACUAGUGUCAACAGCCUUUUCCAACACUCGCAAUCGCAGGUGAAUGGUACUGGCACAGAUAUCAAUAAUAACAACAGUAAACCAGCAACCCCAGCCACUCUCAUGAACUUAAAAUUUCAGCAUAGUAACCACAAUGAUCUACAUGAAAAAACCAGCCAAAACUCUAAACAAAAGACCUCCAAAUCAAUGAUCAAAGAAAUAACAUUCCAAGCUUCGGCUGCCACUCCUGCUUCGAUUGCAAAAUCAGAUAGGGCUGGCGUGACUAGAAAAGCAUCAUCUUCAUCUAUAUCGAGUUCUACAAGCUCGUCUAAAAAAGCUAUUCAAACUUCCACUCCUUUCUCGUCAUUCAAGACCUAUAAGCAGAAAUCCGGUGGUAACAAAACAAUUAUGGAUUCCGUUAUUGCUCACCAGCUGCAGUUCAAACUCAAUUUGAACAAUUCUAAUUCUAAACUGGACACUAGUGCCGCCGGAGAAAAGAAAUCCUCUCAUCGUGAAGCUGAGAAGGGCCGUCGUGAUAGAAUGAACAUUGCUAUUCAUGAUCUUGCGUUGUUGAUCCCUGAAGAGCUUACAAGCAGUGUAGCUGUUCCUUCUAAGGCAACUACGGUGGAAUUGGCAAGUCAAUACAUUCAAAGUUUGGUUGAUGAAGUGGAACGCUUGAAUAAGGUUGUUGAAGAUAAAAAUGAAGAGCAUGAUGCUACGACUUAA